GUCACGUGGUGUUUGUGUGGUGCGUACGCGGCGCAACUGGAAGCGAAGAUGGCGGACGACGAGGAGGCCGAGCGGGAGCCCCGCGGCCACAGCGGCAGUCCCUCCGUCCUGAGGGCGCUCUCGGCCCGGCUGGAGGAGUUCUCCGCGGCGCUGAGGGCCAGCACGGAGCCCGCGGAGGAGGCCACUGCGCAGUACUGCCGGGCUUUCUGUCAGACCCUGGUGGAGUGUGUGAGCGUGUGCAGGUCAGAUGAGGACCCUUGGCCUGUGUUGGAGUGUUACCGUGUGGCAUUGCUGAGUUUUGCACAAGUGACGGUGCACCUCUCAGUCCAGAGCGAGAACGUCAGUAUGGUCCUCCAGAGACUCUCGCUGAGCUGUGUGGAGCUGCUGCUCUCCAUAACCAAGGUUUUUCCAGAUGCACUGUGGGAACAGUUUCAGUCCUCCGUACAGACGGCUCAUGCGCUGCUGCAGGACGCGGGCGUCACUCAGCUGCGUCUCCUCUGCGCAGCCACUCGGGAGCGAGGGAUGUGGAGCAACAGCACACUACAGAGCCUUCUGGGAAACGAGACGCCUCCGGAAGCUGAAGUGCGAGCGUUCCUGAUGCGUGAAGGUCUGGACCUGCUGCAGCUCAGGGUGAAGUACCUGAUGAAGGAGAGCUCCAUGGAGAAGGCGGCGCUGCUGGCUAAAGCCUGUGCUGAUUUCCAGGAGUUUGCUGCGAGCAGAGGACCCUUUAAACAGAGCUACCUCGUGUGCGUGUGCGCUUUUGCGCCACAGGAGAUGCUCAUGGAGGAGCUCUCCCAGGUGGACUGUCGUGACGCUCUGGAGAUGAUCUGUAACCUGGAGGCAGAAGAAGACGAGAGAGCAGCGUUUACUCUGUGUUCAGGCUUCCUGACCCGCCAGCUCCUGCAGGAGGACUCGUACUGCGCCUGGGAACUGACCCUUUUCUGGAGUAAACUCCUGAAGCGAUUGGAACCUUCAGAGCAGAGCUUCCUGGAAAAGUGCCAGAAGAUGUCUCUCCUCGCCAAAACAGUGUUCCACCUGCUAUUCUUUAUUAAAGUGAUCCAGUCUGAGUUGGACAAGAUUGGCUUGCCAGCCUGCAUUGAGAUGUGUAUCCGUGCCCUGCGCAUGGAGUCCUGCGAGGGAGCCAACAAGGCCACCAUCUGCAAAACCAUCUCAUGCCUCCUGCCGUCUGACCUGGAAGUGAAGCGGGCCUGCCAGUUAACGGAGUUCCUCCUGGAGCCGACGGUUGACUCUUAUUACGCCGUGGAGACGCUGUACAACGAGCCGGACCAGAAGCUGGAGGAGGAAAACCUUCCGAUACCCAACUCUCUACGCUGCGACCUUUUCCUAGUCUUCAAAACUCAGUGGCCUUUUGAUCCAGAGUUCUGGGAUUGGAAAACGCUCAAGCGUCAUUGUUUAGGUCUUAUGGGCGAGGAGGCGUCUAUCGUGUCCUCCAUCGACGAGCUUAACGAUGAUCGCUUUGUCGAAGCGGAGCGAGAGGACUUGGAGUUGGCAUCGGAGGAGUACAAGGACGUUUUCGAAUGCUUUUUGGACACGACAAACGAACUGAAGGAGAUCGCAGACCAGCGACAAAAAAACAGAGAAGUCAAAAAGUUGAGGGAGAAAGGAUUCGUGUCGGCGAGGUUCAGAAACUGGCAAGCGUACAUGCAGUACUGCGUGUUGUGCGAUAAAGAGUUUCUUGGUCAUAGAAUAGUCCGACACGCACAGACGCACUUCAGAGAUGGGCAUUAUAGCUGUCCGAUUUGCACAGAGACUUUUGAAACGAGAGAAAUUCUAGACCCGCAUGUCGGGUCACACGUCAAACUGUCUUGCAAAGAGCGCUUAGCUGCGAUGAAAACCACUAAGAAACUGACUGAUGCAAAAAUCCCUGUUCCUGAUAUUGCAGCUCUGAAAAACAAGGGUGGAGAAAAUCAGGCCCGAAAAGCAAAGGCUAAAACCUGCAAUGGAGAUUCUGGCCAGCUGUACAACGGCGACGCGGUGGGCUCUCAGAGCGAGGGUCCCGGAGUCAGGGUCAACGGGAGAGAGCGAAAUGUUUGUCCUGUCGUCAACUGCAGAAAAGGGUUCAAGUUCUUUCGCAAUCUCCUCACCCAUGUGAAAGAUCACGGGGAGGUUGAGGAGGCAAAGCGCUUCCUUGAAUUGCAUACCACGAAGAUAGUUUGUCAGUAUUGUCGCCGUCACUUUGUCAGUGUCAAUCACCUGAACGACCAUCUUCAGGUUCAUUGUGGUGCUAAGCCUUAUACUUGUAUUCAGCUGAACUGCAAAGCUAGCUUCGACACCAACGCCGAGCUCCUUGUGCACAGCAAAGGACAUCCAGUCUUCAAGGCCAAGUGCAUGUUUCCUGGCUGCGGGAAGAUUUUCAGUGAAGCUUAUAAACUCUACGACCACGAGGCGCAGCACUACAAAACCUUUACCUGCAAAGUGCCUGGCUGUGGUAAAGUGUUUCACACUCAGUCCCAGUUGGAGUUGCACGAGGAGAACCAUAAUGCGAAGAAAGAGGAGACGCAGACUGCUGAGAUCGACGGCGCUUGUCCUGCAGAGCCUCCUCAGCCACACCUUUCCGGUGAACCAGCCCAGCAGGAUCCCCUUCCAGGACCGCCAGUGAGCUCCAGCUGCAUGAUGAGCCCUGCAGAUCACCCAGCAAGUCUGGUGAAAGUGAAGCACUCCAUUGAGAACAUGCUCAAUCCUGCUGCUCAAGAUCCCACGCAGGCGUUCGGCCUUGUAAUGUGCAAAACCGAGCCAGCUGAUCCAAACCUUCUGCAGCAGACACAGAUCCCACACAUGGAGGCCCAGCAGACCCAACUUCCAGUCACCCCUCCCAUGCCUCACUUGAAUGAAUCCAGGUCUGAAGAGUCCUUGUUAGAUGUGCUAAUGAAUGAUCCAUCGUGCCCACUUCCACCAGCAUCUUCAUAUCAGAGCCUCCUCGAGGACUUCCAGCAAGCUCCGUCAGGAGACGUUUUGCAAGCUCAAAUGGAGUCUGCUGUUUCACAGAGUCACACCCAGCCCCUGUACAGUAACGAAAGCACUGAAUAUGGGCCGUAUGAUCCCAGUUCUGUCGCCCCGAUCCACACACCGUACCCAGUUCAGUAUGGGAACAGCAUGGUACCCUUACAGCAGACUGCUCACAACGGUCCACCAGCAAUGCCUGUGUCUCAGAGGCUUCCUCCACAAGUCACCCCUUUUCCCACCAACAGACCGGUACAGCCACUGCAGGCCAACACGCACUGUUCUGCAGCUGAGGAAAAGGACCGGUACAAAUGUGCGUACGAGACGUGUUCUCGAGACUAUAGCUCUUACAGAAGUCUGACCAAGCACAUGAAAGCGGCUCACUGUGAGUUUUAUGCACAAUGGAAACUGGCAAGGAGGAACAAAGUAGCACCGAUCACAAACAGAGCUGCGUCCAUGAACGGGAAACGUGUUUCUUCAGAACCCUUACAGAACCAGCUGGGUCAGAGGACUCCUGCUCCUCUGACACCGAUGCAGAAACUGCCUGCCCAGCAGCACUACCCAGCAAGCUGUCUAAACUCCACUUACCCCUCGGGUUCUUCCCAUUUAACCGGUCCAACUGGCCAGACUUUCCCAAACCAAAUGGACAGCAUAUUGGAUCCCAUUGUGCUCUCUCAGUUAGGAAAUGCUGCAAAUCUGCCUCCUGUAGCUCCUCAUGCUUCCUGUUAUUCCGUCCCGAUGAACAGUUCGCUUCAGCAGCAGAAUUACCAUUCGCAAGCAAUGGCCUCUUCAAGUGGUCACUUCUCCUCACAGAUGGACACUGCGUCUCAAACCCAAGUGCCAAAUGCCUAUAACGGAGACAUGACCUAUCCUCCUUUGCAGCAUCAAAACAGUCCCUCGUGUCGCUUCAUACAGACCCACCCGGACGUUACCCAGACGAUGAACAAUCCAGCCAAAAUGGGCCAUCCCAGUAACUCUUCCCCACCUUCCUACGUUCAGCAACCAAAGACCAACUCCAAACCUGCAGUCAAACGUACGGAGUGCGUCGUCAAACUGGAGAGAAACCUCGAUUUGGUUCCAUCUCCUCCAAACACGUCACAGCAAAGCAACCCUCCUGCAGCCAUGAACUCUCAAACUUCUCAAGAUGACACCAGCAAUUCUGCACAUGAUGGCGACAUCAAAAAGAGAAAGCGAAGCAGCAGAACAAAGUGGCCUGCUAUCAUCAAAGAUGGCAAGUUCAUUUGCUGUAGGUGCUUUAGAGGGUUUCACAGUCCUAAAUCUCUUGGAGGACAUUUAUCUAAACGUGCUGUCUGCAAACCCUACGAUGAAGCAGUUCUGUCUGCAGAUCUUCCAAGUUCAUUUCUUGAACUUCUGAACUCCCCUCACCCAUCAGACACUCCGCAGUCCUCACCUUCUGCACAGGUCGGUUCCACUCAGGCUUGGCAGUCUCUCACUAAAGGGCCCCUCGACCCAAAAUUGUUUCCCAAUGUCACUUUUCUGAACACUAAAGGUUCUGUGUACAACAGUGACGGUAACCCAAGCAGUGAAACCACACAACAGGAUUCACCGAGUCUGGGCGAGUCAGUCGGUGCACGUCAACAGGCUUUUGCCGAAUCCUCUGUCUCCUACCCUCAAGACAACCAAAACAGUGUGAUUCAGCAUACUGGAAAUAUCAAAGACAAGCGCAGCCAGCAUCAAACGAGUUAUCCCCAGUCUUGUAACUCCUUACCAAGUGAAACUGGUUCCUCAGAUCAACUUUUGUCUCGCCUGUUAAGUGAAAGCCAAACUUCUGACUCCAGCUUCAGCAGUCCCACUAAUCGCAUUGACAGAAUCCUUCAAGCCGAAACACUAAACAAGAUUAAGGAGAUUAAAGAAAAGUCUACCAUAACAAAUGCGAGUGAAUUAUCCAAUGACGGGCUUCUCGCUGCCAUGGCUAGUCUUGCUCAAAACCUGGUGUCGGAAAAGAGCGUCAAGGAAAGGCUUCGUGAACAGAUAUUGGCUGGAGACUUCCAGAAAAGGACUAGUUCAUGCCAAGGUCAAGGUGUUGACAACUCGAAUUUACAAAGUCCGAUGAUUGACGUUCCUCACCACACGACGCAUGUAAUUCAAAAGGCUCUUCAAGGUAACGAGCAUGUCGCUGGAGGUGGUACUGAACUUGAACGUUUCGCCCUGGGUGGAAGUGUUGCACCUGACGAGACCUCGACGCGGAGUCCCAGUGGAACAAAUGGUGCAUUUAAUAAACCACCAGUACAAGACGACGAUGAAAUCAUGGAAAUACUAAAAGCUCUGGAAAGAUUGGAUCUGGAUAGGGAAGUAAGAAACCAUGACCAGACACCGACUCUGCCUCAGGAGACAGGAGGAGUAACGAAGGCCACAGAAGCUACAUGCACUACUUCUUCUUCUUCUGUGGUCCGAGGCUAUUCCUGCGACAGUGACGGUUGUGGUUACAGAGCCAUGACGAAAGAUGCCCUCUUCAAACAUCUCAUGAAACAGCACAACUACACCGAGGACAUGCUCAAUCAGUGUCGCAAGGAACAGUUCAACUUUGCGCCAUUUAAUUGUCAGCUCUGUCCCAAGACCUUCACACGAAACUCCAACCUCAGAACACAUUAUCAGUCCGUGCACAAUUAUUCACACGAGCAGGUGGUCAAGAUGGGGAUUACGCGGCAGUACAGUCGAAAAUCCUUGGAGCCUGAUCAGAGUCUUGGUACCACUUCGAGCAGCUCAGAUUUGCUCGGUCUACCGGCACCGAAGGCGCCCUUUCCUGGACAGCAGCAGCGUGCUGAGACUGGUACCGGUGUCCCAGCUCUGAGACCUGGUGUUGCUAGCAUUAAACCAGAAUUCAGCGGUCAACCUUUUAAACCGCAGCUUCCUGUUGACUCUGGUAUCCCUGCGAGUGUACAGAGAGCAGACGCAACUCCGCGUCAGCUCCAGUGUCGGGCGACUACUCAUCCAUCGGUGAUCAAAGCUGUUCCUUCCUUGCUAACCUCCUCCGGUGUGGCACAGCAGUUAAAUCGACCAAAUGGGUUCAUGCAGGGUUCGCUUGCACCUUCUCAGCCUACCCACAGAAUGCCCCCUGGGGCUCUGUUGCCUUCGAGUGUGCACUCCGUGGCCCAGACCCCUUCAGUCCCAGCACAGGUUGGUUGCCUGUCCCCGGAUAAGAAGCCCAAACUGGGAAGACCCAAAAUGCAAAAACAAAAGGAAGUGACAAAGAAGACUAAGGAGAAAAAGACGGACAUGGACGAUGUUUUUAGCCCCUAUCGGCCCUACCGCUGCGUCCAUCAGGGCUGUGUGGCUGCCUUUACGAUUCAGCACAAUUUGAUUCUUCACUACAAAGCUGUACAUCAGUCUGAACUCCCCACGUUUGCAGUUAACGAAGAGGAGGAACAAAUGGAGGAGGAGGAGAAGAAUAAUGAAAACGAGGAGGAGAAUGACACGCCCGAUGGCGAGGCCAGCGAGGUAACGGAGUUUCGUUGUCAGGUCAAAGACUGCUCUCGAAUAUUCCAGGCUGUGACAGACCUGCUGCAGCACUACCUUCAGCUCCACAAACUGAGCCUCGACAAAGCAGGCGUGAUGAUGUCUAGCAUGAACCUGGGCAGGUUUCAGUGUGACCAGCCAGAUUGUGUGGUUACCUUCACUGGGUUCUGGAAGUACGUUAACCACAUCGACACGGAACACAAGAAGGUCAAACUCUCUAGAACUGAGCCUGUUGACGGAAUGUUCCAGUGUGAGGUCGAGGGUUGUAGCUGUGUUUAUACCACAAGGUCAAACUUGUUGCGGCACAUCAUGAAAAAACACCACGACCUUUACAAACUCCGCCUGCUGAACUCGAGAGGCGUCCGACUUGGCCGUCCUCCAAAGAACAGUUUAGUCUCCGUCGAGAAGGAGAAUAGAGAAAUUAAUAAAAAGCCUGUUCAGAAGGGGGGUGAGAAAAAGAGAAGGAAGCAAAAGAACCUCUGGACAAAAUACGGGAACCCCAUUUUGAAAACGAAGGAGGAGGCCUCUGCCAUGUGCACCAAGAGGACUCAGUUCCAGUACCCUUGCAUGAUUAAAGGCUGUGAGACGGUCAAUGACUCUGAGCGAAAUCUCAUGAAGCAUUAUGCCCAGCAUGGUCUGCCUAAACAAUACCUGGAGGAGCAGAGGAGCAACUACAUCUUCUGCAAGAAAAUGUCUCGCUCCAAGUACAAACGAAUCACGUCGAGGAGUGAUGAUACGGACAAGUCCGAUGAAAGCUCCAUCGAGGCAUCCGAGAUCGAGGAGGCUGUGGACACCGGGCCCAGCGAAUCGGAGUUCUCAAAGCUGACGUCUGAGAAGGAGAGCACUGAGGACACUGAAGUUUCAGACACUAAAUUGUCCAGUGACCUGAGCUCAGAUAUCUCUGUGGUGGUGAAGCGAAAGAGAGGUCGUCCACGUAAGGGAGAACGUGUCAAACACUUGCAGUUGGCACGCAAGAGAAUGACGAGGUUAAGAGCGGCGCAGACUCCCUCGGCGGUCACCUGUGCAGCCGUCAAUUCCGACUCCGCUUCGUCCGGCGCCACGCUGCCACAGGAGCAAAACGCGAACCUGAGCUCUUUCAAGCCGUUGGGCUUCGAGGUUUCCUUCCUCAAGUUCCUGGAGGAAUCGAGGCAGUCCACGGGAAAGACGACGACGACGACUUUACCGGAUGUACACCCACACAAGAAAUACCCCACCGUGCACCUGAAGACCGCCUCAGUUGUGUGCAGCAGGAUCAAUCCUGAACAUCACUGCCGAGAUGUACUGAAACUGGUGGAGUUUAAGAACCCGCAAAAGCUAACUUCCCUUAGCAAGGUGACGUUCGAGGUGCACAGAGGGUUCUCGAAUGUUUUUGACCUCUUGCUCAAGCAGCUGCAUGAUAUGCGACCUGCGGUGGUCAUUCAAAAAGAGGGCGUGUCCAGUGUUACAGGGUAGUUCUCAGGAUGGAGAGAUGGAUCAAUAGCUGCAGUGUUGCUGUUUUUGGGAUGUUAAAUGAUUUCAGUGGGUUAUUGACUGAUGUUUUCGAAGCCCUCGACACUGAACGCUCCUGUUAACAUCUGCUAAUUCCUCGACAGGACUGUGUAUUAAACCUCUUCUUUAAGUUGUUAAUUAAACAGUUAAUGAUGAUGAUGAUAUACCUCUUACGCAUGCCCUUAAAGUUAUCCGGCACAUGUGGUCGAUGUUGGAAACGAACCCUUAGAGGAAGAUUUUAAUUGUUGCGGCUCCCUGUAGGAAUUUUAAAAUGACCUAGCUUCUGUUGCGGUUGGACUGAUGAUCCUGUAGUGCGGUGGUGAACUGUAGAUGGUAACCAUUUUAGUCUUGUUCAAUAUUGCAUUGUAAAUUUUGAACGUCUAUAGCGUUGUGUCUGUGUGUGCACAUACUGACUCUCCGGAUAAUUUACUGCCACCAGCAGUCUGUACCUUCAACAACAGAGACCAAUUUAUUACAGCUUGCAUUUUCUA